CUUCCGGUGGGCCGUCCCUAGCGGCGGAGAUGGCGGCGACUGCGGCGGAGGCUGCGGCCUCGGGCUCUGGAGAACCCCGGGAAGAGGCUGAAGUCCCCGGCCCCUCCUGGGAUGAGUCCCAACUGCGCAGUUAUACCUUCCCGACCCGGCCCAUCCCGCGUCUGAGUCAGAGCGACCCCCGGGCGGAGGAGCUUAUCGAGAAUGAGGAGCCUGUGGUCCUGACCGACACAAAUCUUGUGUAUCCUGCCCUAAAAUGGGACCUUGAAUACCUGCAAGAAAAUAUUGGCAACGGAGACUUCUCUGUGUACAGUGCCAGCACCCACAAGUUCUUGUACUAUGAUGAGAAGAAGAUGGCUAAUUUCCAGAACUUUAAGCCUAGGUCCAGUAGAGAAGAAAUGAAAUUUCAUGAGUUUGUUGAGAAACUGCAGGAUAUACAGGAGCGAGGAGGUGAAGAGAGGUUGUAUCUGCAGCAAACACUCAAUGACACUGUGGGCAGGAAGAUUGUCAUGGACUUCUUGGGUUUUAACUGGAACUGGAUUAAUAAGCAACAGGGAAAGCGUGGCUGGGGGCAGCUGACCUCUAACCUGCUGCUUAUUGGCAUGGAAGGAAAUGUGACACCUGCUCACUAUGAUGAGCAACAGAACUUCUUUGCUCAGAUAAAAGGCUACAAGCGAUGCAUUUUGUUCCCUCCGGAUCAGUUUGAGUGCCUCUACCCAUAUCCUGUUCAUCAUCCAUGUGACAGACAGAGCCAGGUGGACUUUGACAAUCCUGACUACGAGAGGUUCCCCAAUUUCCAGAACGUGGUUGGUUACGAAACAGUGGUUGGCCCUGGUGAUGUUCUUUACAUCCCAAUGUACUGGUGGCAUCACAUAGAGUCAUUACUAAAUGGGGGGAUUACCAUCACUGUGAACUUCUGGUAUAAGGGGGCCCCCACCCCUAAGAGAAUUGAAUAUCCUCUCAAAGCCCAUCAGAAAGUGGCCAUAAUGAGAAACAUUGAGAAGAUGCUUGGAGAGGCCUUGGGGAACCCACAAGAGGUGGGGCCCUUGUUGAACACAAUGAUCAAGGGCCGAUACAACUAGCCUGCCAGGAGUCGAGGCCUCCUGCCAGGUGACUGCUAGCCCGUCCACACCGCUUCAUUGAUGAGGACAGGAGACUCCAAACGCUAGUAUUGCACGCUGCACUUAAUGGACUGGACUCUUGCCAUGGCCCUGGAGGCAGGUGUUCGGGGCAAGGCAGGGUGGUUGGCACUCCACUCCCAUUCGGAGGGACUUCUUACCCUUGCCUCUGUGCCCCAGCACCUUCCCUCCCUGCCCCCUAAAGUCCUGCAUUCAGUGUAUGGAGUCCCCA